CAUUGUGACCACCCAUUGCCUCCCUUGACAACACAGGGCACCUUAGCCCUUUGAGUCAAAGCCUUAUUAUAACCUGCUAACUUCACCUCCCUGGAAGCUAGUUUCGGGCUCUUGUAUCUGCCUGAGUUAACAAAGUCUCUGGUGGCCGUUUUCUGGCUUUCUCUGCAUAGCUACUGCUGACAGAACUUGAAGAGGAAGAAUUUCACUCCAGAGUCCCAAGAGCCAAAGCCUGGCAGAAGACAGCACUAUCUUUCAUAGGGAGAGGCUUUUCCUUGUGAGGUGUACCGCUUACACUUUGGGCAGCAGGACACUUGGCUUCAAGUCAACUCCCCGAUGGAGCCAGAAUCCAUAGAAAUUUGUCCUUACAACCCACACCACCGAAUCCCACUCAGCAGAUUCCAGUACCACCUGGCAUCAUGCAGGAAGAAGAACCCCAAGAAAGCCAAAAAGAUGGCCAGCUGUAAAUACAACGCCUGCCACGUGGUCCCCAUCAGAAAGCUGGCUGAACACGAAGCGACCUGUGUCAACAGAAGCUCCGUGGAGGAAGACGACACUUUAGGCCCUCUGCAAGUCAGUCCCCCACAGCCGCAGAACGAGGACACACUACAGGUCCGUUGGCUUUCCAACCCCGAUAUCUGGAAUGUCGACGGUGCCAACUGUCACCCAAUGUUUGUCCUUAAGAGUUUUGUUCCCCAGAAACUUGUUUGUGAAAGUGACACCCAAGAGUCAGGGGAGGAGAGCAAUGCCCAGAAGAUCCUCAGACUAGGACCAGGAAGGCAAACUUCUAGCAGGAGGAAGAGGGCUCUCAAAUGCGUGCACAGACCACGAGUCUCAUCUGAAUAAAAACCUGCAAAGUAACUGU